UUUUAUAAUUAGCAUCACUAACCUAAAACCUCUUCUCGCCUCUAGCCUCUAUAGGGUUUAACAUAUCCGGAGUACCAUAGCCGAGAUUCGCCGGAGGAGAAAUGGCAACCGUGUUUAGGCGUCUCCUUUCCCCGAAGGGGAUGGGAAACAUCCACCGAUCUCUUCAACACAAUCGAUUCAGUUCUCCUUCUAGCAGCCCUUUUCCGUGUCAAUUUCUCAUCAGAAGCCUCCAUACUUUUGUUUCCCGGAAUUCCUGUUCCCGAAACAUGUGUUCCGCUGCUAAUUACGAGCCACAGUACGAUGCUUCAGUUGCCGCGGCAUUGAACUUGGACGAUCGUGUUCUGGCCACCGUCAUCACUGGUUUCCUCGGUUCUGGAAAGACAACUUUAUUGAAUCAUAUUCUGACCGCUCAGCAUGGCAAGAGGAUUGCUGUGAUCGAAAAUGAGUUUGGGGAGGUCGAUAUUGAUGGAUCCUUGGUGGCAAGUCAUUCCUCUGCUAAUGAGGAUAUUGUGAUGGUCAGUAAUGGUUGUUUAUGUUGCACUGUGCGUGGUGAGCUAGUUACAAUGCUUUUGGAGUUGGUAAAAAAGAAGCGAGACAAAUUUGAUCAUAUUGUCAUAGAAACCACAGGCCUUGCAAAGCCUGGCCCAGUGAUUGAAACAUUUUGCACAGAUGAGCAGAUUUCUCGCCAUGUGAAACUUGAUGGAGUUGUUACUCUGGUUGACUCUAAACAUGCUAUGCAGCAUUUGAAUGAGGUCAAACCAAGAUUUGUGGUAAAUGAAGCAGUUGAACAAGUUGCAUAUGCAGAUCGUAUUAUUCUCAACAAGAUAGAUUUGGUGAGCGAUGCUGAUGUGGCGGCUUUAACAAAGAAAAUACAGCAUAUAAAUGGAAUGGCACAGAUAAAGCAAGCUAAAUUUGGCAAUGUGGAUAUGGAUUUUGUGUUGGGAGUGGGAGGUUAUGAUCUUGACAGAAUUGAUUCUGAAGUUCCAUCAGAGGUUUCUCAUUGCGAGAACCACAAUCACGAGCAUGACCAUGAAUGCCAUAAAGGACAUCAUCAUCAUCAUGAUCACAAACAUGAUUCUGCUGUAUCAAGUGUCAGCAUUGUAUCUGAAGGAACCCUCGACCUUGAUGAGCUUGAUGAUUGGCUUGAAAGGCUAGUGGAAGAAAAAGGGGACGAUUUAUAUAGGAUGAAAGGGGUUUUAUCAGUGAAUGAUUCUGAGACACGUUAUGUUUUUCAGGGGGUGCAUUCGACUUUAGAUGGGUGUCCAGGGAAAGCAUGGGGGGAAGAUGAGAAGAGAAUAAACAAGCUUGUGUUUAUAGGAAGGAAUUUGGAUGAAACUGCUUUGAGAAAAGGCUUCAAAGAAUCCAAAUAUGCCUAA